AUGCGGAAAUUAGUCAAGCAAGUCAAGCAGCGGCAGCGUCGAAUAUCUAGCGAUCUCAACCAGGUGAUCCGUGCAGGAGAGAAUCUUGCUCUUGAUAAAGAGGUUCUUUUAAUAGAGAACAGGCAGCUACAGCAAGCUCUUAAUCAGGAAAGAAGACGUCGCAAGCGUGGCAGGGCAAUGGGGUUGCUAGAUUCUUCAAAUCCGUCAUUGGCACAGUUCUUUUCACCGGCAAAGGUGCAGAGCAUCCGCGAGCAGAUGACUGCCGCAGAGGCCGCCAAAAAGGAUGAACAGGCUCGUAAGGAGGAUGCCAAGUUGCAACACGCUAUUCUUAAGGAGCAGAAGGAGACAGAUAUCAUGUUACAGCGAAUGGAGCGGGAGGCAGCUCGCCAGGCAGCUAAGGAGCAAAAGGAGAUGGAUAAGGCCGCAAGAGCCGCUCAACGGCAGAUUGACAGGGAGCUUAGGGAUGCAAAGAAGGCCCAAGAGCAAAAGGAAAAGGAAGAACGAGCUGCUGCGCGGCAGCAAUCGCGGUUGGGGGGGGGCCAGGUUGCCCGCGGGUCCGCCGCCGGGGGUGGUGGCAAAAUAGCGGGCGUUGAGUGUAGACGGGCGUUGAGUGGUUGA